AUGUCAAAUGUUAAGACCAUAAUAAAAAAAACUAAUUGUUUAGCCAAUACUACAACAACUACUACAACAACUUCAACGACUACUACCACAACAACUACCAGUGAUAUCCAAAAUGUGGCCAAAAGUUGCCGUUUUUGUCUACUAGAAGAAUUUGAUGAGGAAGUGGUGGUUAACACUAAUACUACCAAUAAUACCAAUCAAACUACCAGAUCGUCAGCACCUGUAGCUACCAGUAGUAGUAGUCCGAUGAUAGCGCCGUGCGAUUGCCGAGGGACCAGUGCCUUCGUCCAUAAGGCCUGUCUGGUUCAGUGGCUCGAGUAUACCGACCGGUGCAACGUUUGCCAACAGCCCUAUCGAUUGGCCACUUGUUGGCCAACUYUCGGGUCAACURUCCGAAGUCAUUGGCAAUCAUCUGAACGAUAUAAUUGUCGACAUUAUUAUCAUUUCGYUGUUUAUUAUAACUUAUCUAACAUUUAUCUAUCAUCUGAUGUGUCGGCUAAACAAUAGUGAUGCCGAUAGUGGUAGUGGCCAUAUAACUACCGUUACCGCCACCACCACACCCGGCCAGCACCCGGUAGUCGUACAGGUGUUCAACUAUGGGACACUAUCCCUUGGUAUUUUGGUACUGAUCUAUAGUAUUGAAAAUUUUAUCGACAAAUUUUGCAGUUUAUUUAUUAUGAAAAAAAGAUAUCAAUGAUUUCAAUUGAAUCAAUUGAAUUAAAAUAUAUAUAUAUAUCACAUAAUUA